CAGGACGCCCCACGCUCGGCGAUCGCCGGCCCGGACUGCAGGGUCCAGCGAUCGCGGUUGCGCCCCGCCCCAGGUGCUGCGCUCUGGGCCAGUCGGCCGCGGGGGAUCCCGGCGGGCUCAGCUCCGUGCUGCCGCGGGGCUGCGUCCCGGAGACUCCGAGGGCUAGGGCUCUGUGCCCAUUCCUGCCUGGCUGGCUUCCGCUGGUGGUCCUGCGAGAACAUGGUGCAGAAGUACCAGUCUCCUGUCUGCGUCUACAAGUACCCAUUUGAGUUGGUCAUGGCGGCCUAUGAGAAGCGCUUCCCCACCUGCCCGCAGAUCCCGGUCUUCCUGGGCAGCGAGGUCCUACGCGAGUCCCGCAGCGCCGACGGGGCGGUGCACUUGGUGGAGCGGAGCUGCCGGCUGCGCGUGGAAGCCCCGCGGCUGUUGCGGAAGAUUGCAGGCGUCGAGCACGUGGUCUUCGUGCAAAAAAACGUCUUGAACUGGAAGGAGAGGACUCUCCUCAUCGAAGCACACAACGAGACCUUCGCCAGCCGCGUGGUGGUCAAGGAGAACUGCAGCUACACGGUCCACCCUGAGAAUGAAGACUGGACAUGCUUUGAGCAAUCUGCCUCGCUCGACAUCCGGUCCUUCUUUGGCUUCGAAAGUGCCUUGGAGAAGAUCGCCAUGAAGCAGUACACAGCCAACGUCAAGAGGGGGAAGGAGGUGAUCGAGCAUUACCUGAACGAGCUCAUCUCCCAGGGCACCUCUCACAUUCCCCGGUGGACACCUGUCCCAGGCCCAGAGGAGGACACCCACUCCCAGGCUGGGCUGAGGGAUCCUGGCUCCCUGGAGGUCUGCGGGCCUGGCAGUGCCCAGGGCCCUGCUCCCGAGAUGGUCAGUACUGAUGGGAACAAGCUGGAUGCGGACUACAUUGAGAGGUGCCUGGGCCAUCUCACACCCAUGCAGGAGAGCUGCCUGAUCCAGCUGCGGCAUUGGUUGCAGGAGACCCACAAAGGCAAGAUCCCCAAAGACGAGCACAUCCUUAGGUUCCUGCGGGCUCGAGACUUCCACCUGGACAGGGCCCGGGAGAUGCUGUGCCAGUCCUUGAGCUGGCGAAAGCGGCACCAGGUGGACCUCCUCCUUCAGACCUGGCGACCCCCUGCCCUCCUGGAGGAGUUCUAUGCAGGGGGCUGGCACUACCAGGACAUAGAUGGCCGCCCCCUGUACAUCCUGCGUCUGGGCCACAUGGACACCAAGGGCUUGAUGAAGGCCGCGGGGGAGGAGGUGCUGCUGCAGCAUGUUCUUUGCGUCAAUGAGGAAGGACAGAAGCGGUGUGAAGGGAACACAAAACAGUUUGGCCGUCCCAUCAGCUCCUGGACCUGCCUGGUGGACCUGGAGGGUCUCAGCCUGCGGCACCUGUGGCGGCCGGGGAUAAAGGCCUUGCUGCGCAUGAUCGAGGUGGUGGAGGACAAUUAUCCUGAGACCCUGGGCCGGCUGCUCAUCGUGCGAGCCCCCCGCGUCUUCCCUGUGCUCUGGACGCUGAUCAGCCCCUUCAUCAAUGAGAACACCAGACAGAAGUUCCUCAUCUACAGCGGCAGCAAUUAUCAGGGCCCCGGAGGCCUUGUCGACUACCUGGACAAAGAAGUGAUCCCCGACUUCCUCGGGGGAGAGUGCCUGUGUAACGUCCCUGAAGGAGGGCUGGUCCCCAAGUCCCUCUAUCUGACGGAAGAGGAUCAGGAACACAGAGACCAGCUGCGGCAGUGGAGAGAGACCUACCAGGCGGCCAGUGUGCUCCGUGCGGCCCCGCAUGAGGUCGCAGUGGAGAUUCUGGAGAGGGAGUCAGUCAUCACCUGGGACUUUGACAUCCUGCAAGGGGACGUGAUGUUCAGUCUGUACUACACCAAGCAGGCGCCCAAGCCAGGCCCCCGGGAGCCCGGGGCCAGGGCUGGCGGGCAGCUGACAGACAAAGGCUGGGCCCUGGGUGCAGAUUACAGCCGUGUGGAGGCCCCCCUCAUCUGCCGGGAAGGGGAGAGCAUCCAGGGCUCCCACGUGACCCAGUGGCCUGGUGUCUACCUGCUCCAGUGGCAAAUGCACAGCGCCCCUGGCCACAUGGCCUGCAGCCUCCCGGGCGUGGAGGAUGUCCUGAUGGCCCUGCACAGCCCUGGCCCCAGGUGCAAACUCCUCUACUACUACGAGGUGCUGGCGUCUGAGGACUUCAGGGGCUCCAUGUCCAGCCUGGAAUCCUGCAGCAGCCGCUUCUCCCAGCUCAGCAGCACCACCUCCUCCUCCUCCAGCCAGUCCCACAGCAGCUCCCUGGUCUCCAGAUAGUCAGGACCGAGCCCUGCGGGGCAGCCUGCUCGCCUCCCACAUCCACAAGUAUCCACGAGGCCUGGGACCGUGUGGGCUGCAGCCCUGGAUCUGGACAUAGCCAAAGUCGGGUUGGCUGGAGCCCCGUGGGCUCUUGAAGUGGUGAGAACAGAAUCAUCUCCGAUGGGGCUUCGCGUAUGAAAAGCCAAGGGGUGGGCUAACCACGUUCAGGUCUGGGGGCUCAGGGAUGUCAUCAGGCUCAGUGCCCCCCACCGCCACCUCUGGCUCUGCUUCCCUGGGGUGGCCUCCUUCUCAGGGGCCUUCUAAGACUAUUGGGGCUCCCCCCAUAAGAAGCAGGAAUGUUGGGUGUUCACCAUAGCAUCUAAACCCGUAGCGAUGCCCUGGGUCCCAGGAUAUGCUGGUGAGCAGUUAUAUGAGUUACAGGCUCCACUUUGUGGGGGAGCCGCCUACCCUGGACUUGAAAUUCAUUUUCCCAGCACAUGACUGGGCAGGCCUAACCCUGACCACCCCUGACUUGAAGAGGGUGGGAAGGCCCAGCUUUUCUGCUGAGUUCCAGGCAGUGAUAAAGCAGCUCUGGCUAUCUUUAUACUCUCUGGAGGUCCCUUUCUCUCCUGGGAAUCUGUUUAAUUUUAACUUUUUUGGUUGUACGUCACCUCCCAGUGGCUUAAACAAAAAAGGGUGACCAUUCAUGGGUGCAUGUAACUGGCCAGUGUAGGAGGACUUGCUUCAGGUAAGGCUGGGUCCAGGCUCUCAAUGUGUCAUCAGGACUCCCCUGUGGGGUGAGGGCUAUGACUUUGUUGCAGCUGCCCUGGGGCAAAUCUGACCCCCAGAACCAGCUCCAAUAUUGAAAGACUUUCCCUGAGUUCCUGCAUGGGAGGGGUGUGGGUCUCCUUGGGGUCUGAGGACAUUUCUCCUUUCAUUUCCUGGGCCUGCAAAAAGGCAACAGGUCAGAGGUCACCACUGGCAGCCUGCAGUCUGAUCUGGCCUGCUUUUAGUGUUUUUGUUUUCUGCCUAAACAAAAGGUUUAAAAAUUGGGGCAUUUCACACAGAAAUCAGGAUUUAUAGCUUCACUUAGGCAUAUAGGAGUGUUGGCCAAACAGAGCCACUAUUGCUGUGUAAAAGACAACACAGCUGCGCCCCUGGAUGGGGCCACCCCAGCCCCCACCCCUCUCUAUCAACCCACCCCUAGCCCACAUCACUCACUUGAAUUAUCUGCCUGGGAGGGACUUCACUGAAAUAGCUCCACAGUCUGGGGCGAGAGACUCAGCGUUACUUUCAUCUCACAGCUUUGCUUACAGUUGGGGUUGUCUCUGGCUGACACCCAGAGUCGCUGGGCCUUGCCCAAGGGGUGAGUUCACAACCACGGGGAUGUCACCUCCAUGCAAGCUCGGCAUGACGGGGCAAGGACCUACUUCCAUGCCACCCUCAACCCCAUACCUGGAGUAGAGGGAAGGAGCCAUCCUCAGAGAACCCCUUCUCCCCGCAGAGAGGGAGCCUUGCCCACCUUUAAGGUUUUCAGUUCACUUCUCAGAUAUAGGAACAAAAUCCCAAACUCUGCAUCCUGCAUUAAGGUGUAUGUGUACAUGCAUGAGGGAGAGAGGGAGGAAGAUUGGAGACAUUCUUAAAACUAAUUGCUCCCAUGUCACCAGGCGUUUAUCGCUGGGAGCAAUCUGCGAUAUUUUCAACUAUCUUUAGGUGAAUUUCUAGCUUGUCUCUACAAACUAGAAGCAUUUUGGGGUAAGCUGCCCUGGCACUCCCCGCACACUUAGUGUCUAGGACUAGCCCCCAGUGAAGGAUGGAGAAGCCUUUCCUUCACUUGAGGUUAUAAGUGGCUUUUGACAAGUGGUACCUGGAUCUGCUGAUUCCAGAGAGGAAGGUCGGCUGUCAGCCGUCCAGACUUAGCAGCAGCGAUAAGGAGCCUCAGCCCUCUCCUUUUGAGAGCUUGCUCUCCUCCCUCCCUCGGGAAAGCCCCAGUUCAAACACGUUUAAGCAACAAAGGGAAUUCCCUGGCUCCUGUAACUGGGAUGGCCAAGGGUGGUGCUUGCUUGCUCCAGGUACGGCUGCAUCCAGGAGCCCAGUGUCCUCAGGCUCAUGUGCUGAUCCUUAGCCUCACCCAGGCCUCUUGGUUCUGCAUCACUUUGUAUGCUGGCCUGUCCUCUCCUCCACCUGCAGGGGAGGGUGGCUGCCAGCAGCCCCUAGCCUACAACCACAGGGCUCUUAAUCUCUAAGCCAGAAAGAGACUCUUUCCAUCUCAAAUCCCAGAGAAGACUCUGACUGGCCCUGGGCAAGUCACGUGCUCACUCUUGUGGACAUACUGGCCAAGAGGCUGGAGGUCCUGUGAUCGACAUUCCCUCCAGAAGCCAACAGUGGAGUAGGGGAGGGCCAGUCACCCAAUGGACAAAGGGAGCUGGGCCACAGGAGCAGCAGGUGACCACAGUGGCAUCUGCUGUUGUUCUUCUGUGCUGGAGGUCCCUGGGGCCCAUGUUGGAGCAUCAUCAAUCAGUAGCCAUUCUUCUUACCUUUAGGAGGCUUGGGGUUAAAAAUCCAAGGAAGCGCUGCCAAGCUCUUGGCUUCUAAAUUUCCCCAGACCCCAGGGCUGGAAGCUCCUUGACUUGGUUUCUUUCUCCAUCUUGUUCAUUAACCUAUUGUGGCCAGGACAGAAAUGGCCCAUUAGCAAUAGGACCUGCCCAGGCACUGGGUUUAGGAGCCUGGGUCGUAAAAUCUCGACAAAGUGGGGUUCAAGCCCCAGCCAUCCUUUCACUAGCCGUGUGACCUCCAGCAGGUGACUUAACCUCUCUUUGCCUGAAUAUCCUUAUCUGUAAAACAGGGAUAGCAGUGCCUACCUCAUUCAGUGGGUUGUAGUG